ACGUAACAGGAUACGUGAAAUGCAAGCAACCAGCUUUAUUUUAUCUAAUUCUGGAGUUGUAUCAUGCUGCCAUAAAUAGAAUGCGAAAACGCUAUGCAGAUACAGUAGCCACAGGAAAUGGAGCAAAG